UCUCAUCGAGGUUCAUGCGUGUACAAAGUGACGCAAUUAAAUUACGUUUUUUGACGAUUGAUGAUUACAGCGCGGAGAGUACGUCGCGGUAGACCGCGACUCGGAACCAGAGGUGGCAAAUACCCAUCGCCGUCUAUUCACAAGAACUCGCCCUCCAGCAGAAGCGACUGGCUACCCCUGGACAUGAGAACGACUCCGCCGACCACGAUGCCUCCUUAUCGUGGAUUUGAGGAGUCUUCGUCGGACGGUGUGGUCCACUUGGGUGAGGGCAUAGCGGUCUGCGAAGAACAAUUAAGGGCCGUUAAGUGGAGCGACUAUCGCAAGUUAACGCGCGGCUUGGCCGCGAUACUGUUCAGCCCGACGGAAUUAGCGACGUGCUCUGUCACCGGUCAACGUUGGAGCCGCGCCGGAACAGCCACCGAACGUCCCGUGAAACCUGCUCUCGACAAGGCUAAAGUUCAGGCCAUUAUAUCUUACGUCACAUCGAGGUUUCCGUCGGUAGACGUCAGCAGCGUGAAGCAAGUCUUAGCGUAUAAGUGCAAAGAAAACUCUACCGCCCUCAAGAUGAAGUCUAUACGAUACAUAUGCGACAAGCAGGACACGGACACGUCACCCCGAGGCGAGUCCGAGGACAAGUGAGAGGGGGCACAGGGUGCGUGUAGAGUGCAGUCCGCUCCGCAGUUUUGUCGCGUCCUCCCGCACCCUCUGCCCGAUACGGUUCACUCACCGCAGCGCUCCCAGAGUCGACAAGAUCAUCGCGACCAUCGUAAUCACGAUAACAACAACACUAUUAACUGCAUUGAUGAGCGGCACGAGGAGAUACACAGAGGCGAUUCGUCAUCGUCUACCGCCGCCGCGCCAUCCGCGCAGGCAGGUGUCGUAAAGCUGAUACCUCUCUACGCGCUUCACGGCGCGUUUCAUUCUACUCUGCGAGCGGCGACGGCCUCGUUUAUUUAAUUAUACACGUUUCACAGCCAGUGUCGCAUCGAUCGAAAGUAUCUAAUUUUAAAACGGGUAAGAUAGAAAUACCGUGAGGUGAAGUCGGACAAAGAAAAGGCUAAUCACAGCGCGUUUAGACAACAUUUGACAAUCUGGUUUUUAGUUUCUUUGUCUAUAUGUUUGUUUUCGGAUGGUCGAACGUUUUCUAAGAUAUGUAAGAAAACUCAAGAUUUGAGAUAAGAGAGAAAAACGAAGCAUCAACUUGUGGUUUCGUUUCAUUUAAUAAAACGUACAGCGAGAAUGCAAUGGAGAGUAGAGACGCAUAAUUUCCGAGAUUAAAAGAAAACAAAACAUGAAAAAGAAUAGAAAUUAUUGCUCGGCGUGCGCAAAAGUGUACGCUGUAAAAUUAUAUGAAAAAUUUAAAGAAAUUACAUGUCUAGAGAGUGCGCGUAUCAUUUUUUGAAAGCUGUUGAUUGCUUUUGCGUAGCGAUUCACAUUACUCAUAUAUAUAUAUAUAUAUAUAAUAAAACUCGCGACUAAUAGUCGAAGACCCCCUUGUCAUGCUUCGAGAGAGAAAAAGAAAGAGAGAGAGAAUAAGAUGGCAAGUGUCAUUAACAUCGGACUAUUUAUAGGACAUAAUGACAGGUCUAUAUUACGUUUAUAAAAAUACGAGGCAGCGAAAUAACGACGAGGGUGAUUAUUAUACAUAGUUGAGUUCUUGCUUAGACAUGUCGUCUUUUUGUGCACGCGCUUUUUCUUCUACCUUGACGGAAAAAACGCAUUUUUUUUGUUGACGUGCAAUAACGAUCCUUCGAACGAAAAGAGUCACAAAAUGCGUGCGGCACGAAGGGACGAUUUCAUGCGAGACUUAUAUAUAUGCGUUUAGGAGGAUUUAUUUGGUUUUGGCUGUGAGCUACGACCACAUGCGAAGCGGGAGAUCCGUGUGGCUCUAAUAAAAGAGAACGUACCCUUUCGAAGAAAGGGCGGGUGAUAAAUAGUGAGAUGGCAAUAUUAUAAAGAAAAAUAAAAAAAACGAAAAAGAAAUUAAAAAAAGAUUGGAUAAAUCGGUCCGAUCCUACCGGGAUACAAGGGUAGACUUUCACAUAGAGUAUGCCUAAUAUAUUGCAUAUAAAUAUAUAGUAUAUAUAUAUAAAUAAAAAAUUAAUAUAUAAAUAUAUAUAUUAUAAAUA